UAUCAUCAGAGUAACAAGAAUAAUGGGAGAGGUAGACCCUGGUUUCAUCCAAGAGCCGGAACACAGGCCAAAGUUGCAUACCCUCCAAGCUGAAAAAAUUCCUGUGAUAGAUCUGUUCCCGAUAACCAACCACGAAGUUUCAGAUUCAUCUUCCAUUGAAGGGUUAGUGAAAGAGAUAGGAAGUGCUUGCAAGGAAUGGGGCUUCUUCCAAGUAAUCAACCAUGGGGUUCCCAUCAUUCUAAGACAAAACAUUGAGAAAUGUUCUAGGAUGUUCUUUGGUCAGACUGAGGAGGAGAAGAGGAAGAUUAGAAGAGAUGAGAACAGUCCGAUGGGUUAUUAUGAUACAGAGUACACCAAGAACGUUAGGGACUGGAAAGAAGUGUUUGAUUUUCUAGCCAAAGACCCCACUUUGGUUCCUCUCACCAUUGAUGAACACGAUGAUCGACUCACUCAAUGGACUAAUACAUCACCUCCUUACCCUCCACACUUCAGGGAUAUAAUAGAAGAGUACGUUGAAGAGAUGGAAAAGUUGUCAUUUAAGUUAAUGGAGCUUAUAGCUUUGAGUUUAGGGCUUGAAGCAAAAAGGUUUGAGGAAUUUUUUAAGAAAGAUCAAACUAGUUUUCUUCGUCUCAACCAUUAUCCUCCAUGCCCUAAUCCUCAUCUAGCCCUUGGUGUUGGUCGUCAUAAAGAUCCUGGAGCCUUAACCAUUCUUACACAAGACGAGGUUGAAGGACUUGAAGUGAAACACAAAGCACAUGAAGAAUGGAUAAGAAUUAAACCCAUCCCAAAUGCUUACAUUAUCAACCUUGGUGAUAUUGUUCAGGUUUGGAGUAACGAUGCAUUUGAGAGUCCAGAGCAUAGAGUGGUGGUGAACUCUGAAAAAGAAAGAUUUUCUAUGCCAUUCUUUUUCUUCCCUGCACAAGAAACUGAGGUCAAGCCUUUGGAGGAGCUGAUAAAUGAUCAAAACCCUUCCAAAUAUAGGUCAUACAAAUGGGGCAAGUUUCUUGUUCACAGAUUCAACACUAAUUUCAAGAAACAUAAGGUGGGUAACAUUCAAAUUUAUGAUUAUAAGAUAAUAUAGCAUAUUAGCAAUAACAUUUUUCUUAUGCAUGAAAAUUAUGAAUUGGGUAUAAUAUGUAGCACCGUUGAUCCAAAACACUGUUUCUGUUUCUGAAAUGAAUGGAUGUAAUCAAAUUUGCUGCUAAAUUCCCUAGCUAGUGUGCUUCGUGUAUGAAAUAAUCAAGUACCAUUUAUCAAGUUUAUCUAUAUAAUGUGGGAAUUGCACUUGGA